AGUUUUCAGUGCCCAUGAUGUUUCCUAGUAUUACAGGGAGUGCAGUAACUUUUUUUUUUUGGUACACAGUGAAUAAAUGAAUUUGAAACCAGUAAAAGAGUUACUUCUUUUCCCUAGACCAAGUGACGAGUACUUGGCUGGCAUAGAUGGUUUUCUUGACUUUGCGUACAUGGGAAAAAAUUCUGAUGCCAAGAUCCGUUGCCCAUGUGUUAAAUGUGUCAAUGCAUUGUUACUGGAGCGGCAAGACGUGUAUGAUCACUUAGUUUGUCAUGGCAUGUCAGAUGGAUAUACAGUUUGGGGUUGCCAUGGGGAAACAGCAGCAUACAUCUCUAGUAAUAAACAUGGUAAAACUACAUCAUGCAUCUCAACUAAGAAACGAUCACGGUCACAGUGUGAAGGUACAAAAUCUAAUAUGCGCCAGCUUGUCGAAGAUGUUUACAGAGAACCUCCAAUGACUGAACCCGAGAACCAAAAUCGUUCUGAACCAGGACCAGAUCCCGAAUCCCAAGCUUACUAUGACUUGGUGAGAGAUGCAGACGAGCCUUUAUGGCCAGAGUGUGAACUAUCUAGGCUUUCCCUUUUUGUUAUUCUCUUCCACAUAAAAGCCACUAACAAGUGGAGCAAUAAAUCUUUAAACGAUCUGCUGCCAGUUCUGCAGAAAGCAAUUCCUAAUGGUAUGAAUUUGCCUAGUUCAUUUCGUGAGGCUAAGAAGAUUGUGGGAAAACUUGGGCUUAAUUAUGUGAGAAUCCAUGCUUGUGAAAAAAACUGUCAGCUUUAUCGGAAAGAGAAGGCAAAUGAUGACUUCUGUUCAAAGUGUGGAAUUUCUAGGUGGAAGAACGUACCAGAUAAAACUACCCUAACUAACAAGGAAAGAAGGAAGGCUGUCCCAAGGAAGGUGUUGCGGUACUUUCCAAUUAAGCCAAGGCUUAAGAGGCUUUUCAUGCACAAAGAUACCGCAACGGCUUUAAGAUGGCAUGACGAGGAACGCAUAAAGGAUGGAGCACUGCGUCAUCCAGCUGAUUCAAAGGCCUGGGAAGCCAUUGAUUCUAAGUAUGAACACAUCGCGUCAGACUCCCGGAACAUUAGGUUUGCAAUGGCAACCGAUGGGUUCAAUCCAUAUGGGACGAUGAGUACCAAGCAUAGUUGUUGGCCUGUCGUCUUAGCACCUUAUAACCUCCCCCCAUGGUUAUGCAUGAAACCCUCUUCUCUUUUGCUUACGCUGAUUAUUCCAGGUCCAUCUUACCCUGGAAAGAACUUCCAUGUCUUCAUGGAGCCAGUUUAUGAAGAACUAGCUGAGUUGUUUGAAGUUGGAACCUUUACAUAUGAUGCAUCUCGAAAUGAGAUGUUCCAACUUUAUGCUGUUGUGUUGUGGACUGUGAGUGACUAUCCUGGGCUUGCGAUCGCUUCAGGACAUAGCACCAGCAGUGAGUCUGCUUGUUUCCCAUGUAGUGAUGAAACCUUUUCUAUACGCUUGAAACAUGGGCAAAAAUAUUGUUUCAUGGGGCAUCGCCGGUUUCUGCACCCAUAUCAUGAGUUCCGGUAUGAUGCUGAAUCAUUUGAUGGAUCUGAGGAACAUAGAGUUGGGCCUACUGCUUAUUCCCAAGUUCAAGUUUUAGAAAAGAUAAAAUCAAUUAAGGACUUUGAUGAUUCGAAAACUUGGAAGUUUGUCAGCGGCCUAUUCUCCUAUUUGCCUUAUUGGGACUUUAAUUUGCUCCGCCACAAUCUGGAUAUCAUGCACAUUGAGAAGAAUGUAUGUGAGAAUAUAUAUGGGACACUUCUAGGAAUAGAGGGAAAGUCUAAGGAUAAUUUAAAAGCACGGCUAGAUCUAGAAGACAUGAAUAUCAGGGAAGAGUUACAUCCUAAAAAGAAACCUAAUGGUAAGUAUUUUUUUCCCGCAGCAUCUUAUAUCUUGUCUAGAAAACAGGCGCAACAGUUUUGCAAAGUACUUCACGGUAUAAGAGUUUCAAAUGGGUAUUCGGAAAACAUUUCAAGAUGUGCAAACGUUUCCCAAGGGAGAAUUUCAGGCCUUAAAAGUCAUGAUUGUCAUAUUCUAAUGCAACAACUUCUGCCUCUUGCUUUGAGAGGUUUACUUCCAGAUAAUGUCACAUCAGUCUUGUUUGAUCUAUGUGCAUAUUUUAGAGAAGUUAGUGCAAAGGUUCUUUAUGUGAGCGAGCUUCAGAAGUUGGAGCAACGAAUAAAGAUAACAUUAUGUCGUAUGGAGAUGAUAUUCCCUCCGGGAUUUUUUACUGUUAUGGUGCAUUUGGUAAUGCAUCUAGCAGCUGAGGCAAAAAUAGGUGGUCCUGUCUCCUACAGGUCGAUGUGGUUUCUUGAAAGAUAUCUAGGUAAGGUGAAGUCAAAUGUCCGUAAUAAAGCUCACCCUGAAGGAUCUAUCGCUGAAGUGUAUUUGGCAGAAGAGUGCAUGACAUUCUGUUCCAGAUAUAUUGUUGGUUUUGAGACCAAACAUAACAUGUCUUCACGAGAUGAAGAUAAUGAGGAGUUGGCUGGGCAUCCCGCUGUUAAAGAAGGAUCAGUUUUAUUUCCUAAUAAUGGGAAACCACUUGGGAAGCCUCGCAAUUAUGUUAUAAGGGGUUUGGCAAAAGUACAGGCACAUAGAUACUUAUUGUUUAAUUGUUCCGAUGUGAAUCCAUACCUUAGAGUUCAUGCUGAUGAGAUCACCAAUAGCCGCAGUGUCAACCCAAAUACUUUCGAGAAAAUUCAAAACGAGACGUUCCACGAAUGGUUCAGAUCUCAUAUAAUGAAACUGGAGACUGAAGAUGACAUUUCCACCAUUAAAAAUGAUAUUAGAUGGCUCGCUCGUGGCCCAGUUGAUGCAGCAAAAAGCUAUCGCAGUUUCAUCUCUCGAGGCAUGCGUUUUAGGCCUAAACGCUUGGAUAGAAUGACACAAAAUAGUGGAGUCAUGGUAACUGGAAAAAAAUCUACUUAUGCUAGAGCAGGUGAUGCGAAUCCAGUUCUGGAUGAUGUUACAUAUUAUGGGAGAAUAAUUGAUAUUAUCGAGCUAAACUACUCUGGACAAUUUUCAGUUGUCUUGUUCAAAUGUGAGUGGGUUGAUGUUUUUUCUCAAAAUGGAAUUCAGAAGGAUAGGUACGGCUACACAGUUGUGAACUUCUCACAUCUGAUACACAGUGGAGACAAGAUCGAGCAUGAGCCCUUUAUUUUUCCUGACCAAGCUGAGCAAGUGUUUUAUGUGGAUGAUGAAACAAAGCCGGGCUGGUCUGUUGUAAUGAAGCCACCAAAACCAAGAGGUAUCUAUGACACUGGCAAUGAGGAAUAUGCAGAGGACACAGAGCCCUUCCAUGUCUCCCACCUUGCGAAGAUGUUCAAAAACAAAAGGCAUGAUAGGCAUUGGGUAAGAAGUGACAUUGAAGGAACAGAAGUGGAGGAUAACACCAAUACUCCAAGCAAUGAAGAAGAGUAGAAGGUAAUUUAUUGAAUGAUCAUCUCACUCAUGGUAUGCAUAUAUUUAGAUGAAUAUUCUUAUAUAAUAUCCUACUUAUCCUAUAGUGGAGAUGCUUGGUGGAUGACCUUUUUGUUAUAGAUGCAAGGGGUGCGGUUCGUCUCCGUGACCCGCUGGACCGAACCUGG